GAUGCAGGUUACGGAGAGAAAUCCUUUUUUGCCCCCGAGGAAGAGAACGAGGAGGAUUUCCAGAUGAAGAUCGAUGACGAGGUGCGCACGGCUCCCUGGAACACCACCCGGGCUUUCAUUGCAGCCAUGAAAGGGAAAUGCCUCCUCGAGGUCACCGGGGUAGCAGACCCAACAGGGUGUGGCGAAGGCUUCUCCUACGUCAAGAUCCCGAACAAGCCGACGCAGCAGAAGCAGGAUGACAAGGAGCCACAACCGGUGAAGAAGACGGUCACGGGGACAGACGCCGACCUCCGGCGCUUAUCCCUGAAAAACGCCAAGCAGCUCCUGCGCAAGUUUGGAGUCCCCGAAGAGGAGAUCAAGAAGCUUUCCCGCUGGGAAGUGAUCGACGUCGUGCGGACAAUGUCCACCGAGCAGGCUCGCUCAGGCGAGGGUCCCAUGAGUAAGUUUGCCCGAGGGUCCCGCUUCUCUGUGGCAGAGCACCAGGAGCGGUACAAGGAGGAAUGCCAGCGCAUUUUUGACUUGCAGAACAAAGUCCUGGAGUCCACCGAGAUCCUGUCGACGGACACCGACAGCAGCUCCGCCGAAGACAGCGACUUCGAGGAAAUGGGGAAGAACAUCGAGAACAUGCUCCAGAACAAGAAGACCAGCUCCCAGUUGUCCCGGGAGAGGGAGGAGCAGGAACGGAAGGAGCUGCAGCGCAUGUUGAUGGGGGAAGACGGCGACAAGGACCGGUCCAAGAAGGACCGGAGGGACAAGAAAGGGGCGGUUCCCACUCCUGGCAACAUGGGGGGUUGUCAUAAAGACGACGACACGGCCUCCGUGACCAGCCUCAACUCCUCGGCCACUGGGCGCCGCUUGAAAAUCUAUCGCACUUUCCGUGACGAGGACGGGAAGGAGUACGUGAGGUGUGAGACGGUGCGUAAAGCCUCAGUCAUCGACGCCUACAGCCGGAUCAGGACCACCAAAGAUGACGAGUUCAUGUUCCAAGUAAAGCUGAAUCCUUGCGGUGUAGCAAAGGAGCAAAGUCGGGUCGGGAAAUUAGAGCAGCCGUUUCCCGGGCUCUUGCGAAGUCUGCAGCCCCCGUUGAUAGUCUCGCUUCCCGUCUUGUUUCAGCGGCCCCACAAGUCCAUCCACCGGCGACGCACAGACCCCAUGGUGACCUUGUCUUCCGUCCUGGAAAGCAUCAUCAACGAGAUGCGGGAUCUCCCCAACACGUACCCCUUUCACCAGCCUGUGAAUGGGAAGGUGGUGAAAGAUUACUAUAAGAUCAUUACCAAGCCGAUGGACCUGCAGACCCUCCGCGAGAACGUCCGCAAGAGACUUUACCCAUCUCGCGAAGAGUUUCGGGAACACCUGGAGCUGAUUGUGAAGAACAGCGCUACCUACAACGGGCCAAAGCACUCCUUGACCCAGAUUUCUCAGUCAAUGUUGGACCUCUGUGACCAGAAACUGAAAGAGUUGAAGUGUGGGGCCUGUGGGGCCAUUGGGCACAUGAGGACCAACAAGUUCUGCCCUCUGUACUACCAAACCAACGCUCCCCCCUCCAACCCGGUGGCCAUGACGGAGGAGCAGGAGGAGGAGCUGGAGAAGACCGUCAUCCCCAACGACAACGAGGAGCUGAUCAAAGUGGAGGGGACCAAGAUCGUCUUGGGGAAGCAGCUGAUUGAGAGCGCUGACGAGGUUCGCAGGAAGUCCUUAGUCCUGAAGUUUCCCAAACAGCAGCUUCCCCCCAAAAAGAAGCGGCGGGUUGGGACAACGGUGCACUGUGACUACUUAAACCACACUCUGGGCUCCAGCCUCUCACAGUCAAGAGUGCUUGGUUCAGCAUGGCUAAGAGAAAGGGAGGGAGGAGCUCGUUUCCGGAAGCCCCUCGGGAAGCUGGCCUCUCACCUGCACUCCCGUGACUCCGAUUUCCUCCUUUCAAACGCCCUGCAGCCACCCGAUUUGUAUGACACCAACACCUCGCUCAGUAUGUCCCGGGAUGCCUCCGUCUACCAAGAUGAGAGCAACCUGUCUGCCAUGGACACGCCCACCACGACACCCGAAAAGCAGUCCGCACAGAUGCCGCAGGGCCAAGGUAGGCUGGGCGAGGAAGACUCUGACGUAGAUAUUGAAGGGUUGGAUGAGGAUGAGGAUGGGAAACCUAAGACUCCAGCCCCAGAAGCGGAGGACGUGGAUGGGGACCUGGCCGAUGAGGAAGAAGGCUUGGUUCAGCAGCCUCAGGCCAGCGUGCUCUAUGAAGAUUUGCUCAUGUCAGAUGGGGAGGACGACGACGGCAGCGAUGAGGAGGAAGGCGAUAAUCCCUUUUCGUCUAUUCAGCUUAGCGAGAGUGGGAGCGAUUCUGAUGUGGAGCCCAGUGCAGUUCGGCCCAAGCAGCCUCACGUCCUGCAAGAGAACACGCGGAUGGGCAUGGACAACGAGGAGAGCAUGAUGUCCUACGAGGGAGCUGGAGAAGAGGCCUCUCAUGCCAUGGAAGACAGCAACGCCAGUUACGGGAGCUACGAGGAGCCAGGCCCAAAGUCCAACACGCGAGAUGCCAGUUUUAGUAGCCUGGGCGGGUACGAGUUCUCCGAAGAGGAGGAGGAGGAGGAAGAGGAGGAAGGGCAGCGAUGCGGCCCCAGCGUCCUCAGCCAGGUCCAUCUGUCGGAGGACGAGGACGACAGCGAGGACUUCCACUCCAUAGCGGGAGACAGCGAUCUGGAUUCGGACGAGUGAGGGCGGCCUGGCGAGGAGGAGGCAGCGGCCUUCUCGGACUCUCGCUCUCCCUCCGGCCUCUGAAGGACAGGAGACCCUGGGCAGGAAGGGGGGGGGGGAGCCACCACUGCCCCUCCUGUGGCCCUGGACAUGUAUGU